GUCGUCUUUGUGUUUAUCGCCUCAACUCAAAACAGAUCUAAUCGCUCAAAGUCGUCUCUCUUCUCCCAAAAUCAAAACGGUUGUUAUAAAAAAUGGCUGAGGCAGCGCCUGCUUUGAGGAAGCCUGUGUUCACUAAGGUUAAUGAGCUGAGACCAGGAACCAACGGUCACUCACUCAACGUCAAAGUUGUCAGCACAAAGAUGGUGAUGCCGAAAGGAGGAGGAGGUCGUCCCAGUGGUCCUCAGGCUCGUCAGAUGCGUAUUGCAGAAUGUUUAGUUGGAGAUGAGACUGGAAUCAUAAUCUUUACUGCAAGAAACGACCAAGUGGAUUUGAUGAAAGAGGGCAGUGUAGUGACUCUGCGCAAUGCAAAGAUCGACAUGUACAAGGGGUCUAUGAGGCUUGCCGUUGAUAGAUGGGGACGUGUUGAAGUUGCAGAAGAGCCUACAGACAUCACCGUGAAGGAUGAUAACAACCUUUCGCUGAUUGAGUAUGAGCUUGUGACCGUCGAAACUUGAUGUGGUUCCUCCACAAAAGAAAGCAGAGCGACUCAAAACAAACACACACACAAAAAAAAAAAAAAGACUUAUAUUGCAAAAGCCUCUAUGGUUUGAGUUUUGCAGGUGGGUUUGAGUAUCCUGCUUGCCUCUCUGAUCUGCUGUUCUUGUUUUGAAAAUCAGGUUGCCCUCUUUUUGUAGAUUGAUUCUCUAUUUACAUAUCAUGGGAUCUUUCUCUUGUUUUAGUUUUCGUAUUUUACUUGGAAAAUUUUAUAAAAGGAUACUAUUACGCAGAGAGAUGUGUUGGUCCUGUGAGUUUUAUGUUAUUAUACCAA